AUGCAUGAGAUUGCAUGUUCAACAGCUUGUUCGACCAAGGGACACUGCCCUAAUAUUCGCAUUUCCAUAUCUUGCAUUCCUUCGAAUCGCUCGUUGCAACCAUUCUCUUUCCCGGCGGUUGUCUACAUAUACGCGCAGUCUACUGGCUAUAUACUCCACACGAUGGCGCCGUCAAAGAAGGCAGGAAAGAAGGUGACUCCUGCUGCUAAGAAGUCGGGGCAACAGGCGAAGGUCGCGAAGGCUGAUUGGAAGGAGGGUUUCAAGAAGAAACAGGUCGGGGUGUCAGAUAUGACCUUGUUGACCACGAUCAGCAAUGAAAGCAUCAACGACAACCUUCAGAAGCGAUGGACGAACGCGGAGAUAUAUACCUACAUCGGCGCAGUGCUCAUCUCGGUCAAUCCCUUCAGAGAUCUCGGCAUCUACACUGAGGAAACCUUGGAAAAGUACAGAGGGAAGAAUAGGCUCGAAGUUCCUCCUCACGUCUUCAGCAUCGCUGAAAGCGCAUACUACAACAUGAACGCCUACCACGAGAAUCAAUGUGUGAUCAUCUCUGGUGAAUCGGGUGCUGGAAAGACAGAGGCAGCGAAGCGAAUCAUGCAAUACAUUGCGGCGGUGUCUGGUGGACAAGAUAGCAGCAUCCAGCAGAUCAAAGACAUGGUUCUUGCAACCAAUCCUCUAUUGGAGAGUUUCGGGUGUGCAAAGACGCUGCGGAAUAAUAACUCGAGUCGCCAUGGAAAAUAUCUAGAAAUUAUGUUCAACGAUCGAGGAGAGCCUGUGGGAGCACAGAUCACCAACUAUCUGCUGGAGAAGGGGCGAGUGGUGGGCCAAGUUGAGAACGAGCGUAACUUCCACAUCUUCUAUCAAUUCACGAAGGCCGCUUCCGACGAGCAUCGAGAGGCAUUCGGACUGCAAGGCCCUGAAGCAUACGCCUAUACCAGUAUGAGCAACUGCCUUUCGGUCUCCGACAUUGAUGAUACGAAGGACUAUCGUGAUACCAUAAACGCCAUGAACAUCAUUGGACUCAGUGGAGAAGAACAAAAUGAAAUCCUCAAGAUGUUGGCCAUCAUUCUCUGGCUUGGAAACGUGCAAUUCGAGGAGCAAGAUGACGGGAACUCUACAAUUUCAGAUACAGGAGUGACGGACUUCGUCGCGUAUCUUAUGGAGGUCGAUUCGGCACAGGUUCAGAAAGCUCUCACGACGAGGGUCAUGGAGACGACAAGAGGCGGCCGAAGAGGGUCGAUAUAUGACGUACCCCUCAAUCCCGCGCAAGCAAGCUCCGGACGCGAUGCGUUGUCAAAAGCUGUCUACAACAACUUGUUUGAGUGGAUCGUUUCUCGAGUCAAUGUGUCACUGAAGACUCGAUCUGCUUAUGCGCAAGUGAUUGGGAUCCUGGACAUUUUUGGCUUCGAGAUCUUUGAGGACAACUCAUUCGAACAACUUUGCAUUAAUUACGUCAACGAGAAGCUUCAGCAAAUUUUCAUUGAGCUCACUUUGAAGACGGAACAAGAGGAAUACGUUCGCGAACAAAUCCAAUGGACACCAAUUAAAUACUUCAACAACAAGAUUGUUUGUGAUCUCAUCGAAGAACGUCGACCUCCUGGCAUCUUUGCGGCUUUGAAUGACGCCUGCGCGACAGCACAUGCUGAUCCAGCUGCAGCGGACAACAGUUUCAUACAGCGCACUGCGAUGUUAUCCUCGAACGCCCACUUCGAAUCCCGUGGCGCACAAUUCCUCGUUCGCCAUUAUGCCGGCGAUGUCAUGUAUAAUGUUGCCGGAAUGACGGACAAGAAUAAGGACUCUUUGAUCAAGGAUCUUCUGGAUCUCAUUGCCAGCAGUGGGAAUUCCUUCUUGCAGACCCUCUUCCCUGAUCGACCAGAUCCCAACAGUAAGAAGCGCCCACCGACUGCCGGCGAUAGGAUUAAGCAAUCAGCAGGUGCCCUCGUUGAAAACCUGAUGAAAGCUCAACCUUCAUAUAUUCGAACCAUCAAGCCGAACCAAAAUCGUAGUGGGUCGGAGUAUGAUUCAAAGGCCAUCCUCCACCAAAUCAAAUACCUCGGUUUGCAGGAGAAUAUUCGAGUUCGGCGCGCUGGUUUUGCUUAUCGUAACACCUUUGAGAAAAUGGUUGAACGAUUCUAUCUUCUAUCACCCAAUACCUCGUACGCUGGGGAAUAUACCUGGACCGGAGACCCGAAGUCAGGAUGCCAACAAAUUCUCAAGGACACCGGGAUUGCAAAAGAGGAAUGGCAAAUGGGGGUUACAAAGGCAUUCAUCAAGAACCCAGAAACACUAUUCGCCCUCGAGACUAUGAGGGAUCGAUACUGGCACAACAUGGCCGCUCGUAUACAGCGUGCAUGGAGGAAUUACAUGCGGUACAAACACGAGUGCGCUCGUCGCAUUCAGAGGUUCUGGAAAAACAACAAGGAAGGAAUCGCCUACGCUCAGAUUCGCGACUACGGGCAUCAGUUACUUGCUGGCAGGAAGGAGAGGAGAAGAUUCAGUCUGCUCAGUUAUCGACGGUUCAUGGGCGACUAUCUUGAUCUUAACGGAAGAAGUGCUCUCGGGGAGGAAUUGGCAGAAGCGUGUGGAAUCGGAAAUUUAGAGGAGAACGUGGUUUUCAGCUCUCGUAUACAGUUGCUAGUGUCUAAACUCGGUCGCUCGAGUAAACCCAGUCCUCGUUUCCUUGUGCUGACUGCUAAAGCCGUUCACAUUCUCGUCACCACUGCGAAGGAUGGUUAUGCUCAAACGACGCUUGAAAGAAAAAUACCUCUAGUAACUAUCAAGAGCUUGUCGUUGUCUAAUCUCAGGGACGAUUGGCUGGCCAUCAAUGGAAAUGCUUCGGAAGAAGGCGAUCCUAUCAUUAACUGCGUCUUCAAAACCGAACUGAUAACGCACCUCACCAAGUUGACCCAGACCAAUGCAAAUAUUUUGAUCGGACCUACGGUGGAUUACUGCAAGAAGAAAGACAAACGAGCACAAAUCAAGUUCAUCAAGGACGAGACUGUUCAGCGCAAUGACCUCUAUAAGAGCCAUACUGUGCACGUUCCGUCUGGAGAGCCGCCUGGCAGCGUUUCGCGGCCACCUGCUAAGAGGAAGGCGGGUGUCGUUCGGCCUAUCACCCAGGGCAAAUUGUUGAGAGCUGGAGGACCCGAGAAACGUCCUGGAGCCGCUGCGAGGAAGCCUGCAAGCCAGCCUCUCCCUGGCCGUAAUACAACUGCAGCACCGAAACCCGCCGUCGCACACGUUCAAGCUCCGGUUUCGUCUAUGUCUACGACUGGUGCGAAAUCAAGGCCACCUCCAGCUCCCCCGCGCAAUGUUGCACCACCGCCACCACCGCCACCGCCUCCGAAACAGCCGGAUGUGCCUUUAUAUCGUGCCAAGUUCGCAUUCCAAGGUCAAGAGGGUGAGAUGUCUCUAAAGAAAGACGAAGUUGUCGAAUUAGUCGAGAAGGACGACAACGGCUGGUGGUUGGUUAAGAAAGAUGGUGUGGAAGGUUGGGCGCCCAACAAUUAUCUAGAGCUCGUUCCGCCACAAGCGGCAGCCCCUGCAGCCCCGCCGCCUCCCCCACGAAAACCCCCAGCACCAAAGGUAGUUCCCACCCCAGUUACUGCCAACGCCAAUGCAAAGCCUGUGUCGGUAUUUCCUGGUAUGGGACCUUCUAUCGGCUCGACUACACCCUGGAAGAAGACGGCUUCCACGAUGGACGAGUCUCCAGCCAGCUCUCGCCCGUCUAGUUCUCUGGCGUCGAAACCGCCCCCGCCCGUUGCAUCGAAGCCGAAACCACCUGCUCCAGGAGCCAAACCUGGUGUUGCAUCGAAAGUGGGUGCGGCGAAGCCGGCUAUUCCAACAGCACCUCGGCCGACCCCUGCUCCUCCAGGCGCAGGUAGAGGUCCAGUCACAAAAUCACAAAUUGCACCAGGGCAAGUCGAUCUCGCUGCAGCUCUUGCCAGGCGUGCACAAAGAAUGGCGGACGACUAG